UAGCAGAAGUGUAAUGGAGUGUGACUCGUUGCAUUUGAGCAUUUCUGCUUUAUAACCGCUAGAUGGCACUGGUUGAUUUGUAACUUCUAGACACUUUCUCACGCAAUUUUUAACGCACGAUCACAUAAAAAAGUGCAUACAGGGAUUAAUUUAACAUCAUGUAAUAGUUUAUUGAAACAGCCGUUUAUUAGUUUAUAUUAGUGAUAUGUUUAUCGGUAGCUGGAUCACAAGGCAUAUCCAUUCUCCCGAGUGAGAAAUUGAUUGUGUAAAACCACACCGCUGUGAUUAAAUCAAAGUCGAAAGACAAUAUUCUUUAGACAUUUAAUUUUAUGAAGAUAUAUAGUUUGACGGUUCAUUUCUUAAGCCUCUUCACACUUAAAGUUAUUUUCAGUAACAGGGUCUUACGAUGAUGCGUAUAGGCUUGCACAUAUAAUAAAGAAGUGUAGUCCAGAGGGGAUAUUGUGGAUAGCGGAUAAAGUAGGCCUAAGUUUCUUUUACGCAUCCCCUUGUACAACAAAGUAAGACAAUACACAAUUGUGUGUCUUCCUUAAACGCUCUUCAUUGUUACUGUGUGUCAAGCUCACCCCGUUGCAGCGCAUCUCUACACAGCCCGUCCCUUCAAUUCAGUGGGCGUGGUGUGAAUUGGAAAACAAACAGCAGACACCCUGCAUUACUUCCUACAUCUCCGUACUUCCCUGGCGGUCGCCGCUCGUUGGCUCCAAGUUAACCGUUUCUUGGUUAUUUACCCUGGGCGAGAGAACAGGCUACAGAGUUCCUGUUUGUGGACUUCAAGAACACUUGGGACCGAAGGACCAAUGGCAUUUACCUCUGUCUGCCCGGCACGGCUUUUGCAUUAGGGCACUGAAUGGAGCGACAGACUGCACCAAAGUGCGCUCGACUCCGAUAGUACUGCAUGUAUUGUGCGUACACGCACUAAAUGGGACGGAGGAUCUAGUGGGAUACAACUGUGCAGCUGUGAAUACUGUGUCCGGAAUCUGGAGGAGCGGUUGCGACCAUGAGCGGCGGCGAAAUUAUUUGCCAAGGAUGGCUCAGAAAGUCACCACCAGAGAAGAAACUACGGAGAUAUGCCUGGAAGAAGCGCUGGUUCAUCCUGCGCAGCGGCCGCAUGAGCGGCGACCCCGACGUGCUGGAGUACUACAAGAGCGAGAGCGCCAAGAAGCCCAUCCGAGUCAUCGACCUGCACCUCUGCGAGCAGGUGGACGCCGGCCUCACCUUCAAGCGCAAGGACUUCCAGGACAGCUUCGUGUUCGACAUCAAGACAUCAGAGCGCACCUUCUACCUGGUGGCCGAGACCGAGGAGGAGAUGAGCCGCUGGGUGCGCUCUAUCUGCCAGCUCUGCGGCUUCAACCAGUCGGAUGAGAACCACGCAGAUGAGAGGACAUCCUCGACCUCCAUGCCCCACUCCACGGCCGGCGACCUCGGGGGCUCCAUGGCCCCCCUCGCGGGUGAGCGCAAGUCCUCGGGCCCCGCCCAUUCCAGCCAGCCCCUGCUCUUCACCUUCGACAUGCCCGUCCGCCACACCCACGGCUCCCUGCCAAACUCUGCCCCUCAGGAUUACCUCCUUCUGCACCAGUGCUUGAGCAGGAAGACGGAAGGCACUCGGAGUGCUAGCUUCUCCCAGGCAACGCGCAGUAGUCUGCUGGUUGGCAGCGACUCUGCGGUGCAGAAGCUCACUCACGGCUUCUCCCACUGCCUCAACGGCAUGGGCUCCCAGCUCCACGGCUUCUACAGCCUCCCCAAGCCCAGCAGGCAGAACCAGAACCACCAGCAGCAGCAGAACCAAGCCCUGCCCUCCUCUUCUUCCAGGGCCAGUUCUCCACGCGAGGGCUCCUCCUGCUACGUCCUCCCCAGGGGGUACAGUUCGGAAGGGCCGGCCCACCCGAGCGGCCUUGGCUUCUCUGAGCUGGAGAUGGACGGAGCUGAGGAGGUCUACGCCUACAAGACGCCCUGCAACGCGCCGCUGGCCAACGACAAGUCGCUGCCGGACAACUACGACCGGCUGCCCACUCCACCGGGGUCCUUCUACCAGACGCCGCGCGCCUUCGACAAGAACCACAACGCCCUGCCCACCGCCUCCAACACGGAGGCUUCUUCUGCAGGAGCGGGGCCCCCGCCCAGGCCCCCUAAACCAGGGGGCAGUGGCAACCAGGGCUCAGACACUCGCUGGGGGAGCCCGCAAUCGCUUGGGGGCCACAACGGAGAGAUUUCGGCAACUGCAGUGUCGGUUAUUCCUCGCAGGAACACGCUGCCAGCGGUUGAGAACAUCAGGCUACACAGAGGUUCUUCCUUUGAGACCAACAGUCACCAACGGCCCAUCUACUUCAACAACUCUGGAGGCCAGUCCGUAGAAUCUGUCAAUGAUGGCUUCAGCUCCUAUCUGAGAGCAAAAGCACCUCUAACGCGCUCUGACAGCGGCGACUCGGAAGACAACUAUGUGCCUAUGAACCCCAGCUCCUCCCCCCUCAACGCCAGUCAGGCCGACAGCCCCAAGAAUAUCUACAUUCCCAUGAGCCCAGGCCCACACCACUUCGACUUCCCCGGGUUCUCGGCUACCCUGCCGGCGAGGAAGGGCAGCACGGCGUCCCUCUCCCACCGGCCGGGCCGCCUGAGCGACGUCACGCCUCCUCCCAUCAAUCGCAACCUCAAGCCCAACAGGAAGAGUGAGUCAGGCACCUCAAAGCCAACCCCUCUGGAUCUACGGAGCAAUGGCAUCAUCGAUGAGCUGCCUUUCAAGAGUCCCAUCACCAUGUCCUGGACCAGACCAAUGCCUGCGAUGAACUCCAUGUCCUCUCAGCAUUGUCGGCCCAUCUCCACUCAGAGCAUCACCAGCACUGACUCAGCGGACAGCGAGGAGAACUACGUGGCCAUGCAAAACCCAGCGUCUACCUCACCAGCAGUGAGUGGUACCAGCAGCCCUGCCGCUAGGAAAUGUGGGAAUGUAGACUACCUGGCUCUGGACUUCCAGCCUGGAUCGCCUAGCCCACACAGAAAGCCCUCUACCUCCUCGGUCACAUCUGACGAGAAGGUGGACUACGUUCAAGUGGACAAAGAGAAGACCCAGGCACUCCAGAACACCAUGCAGGAGUGGACGGACGUCCGGCAGUCCACAGAACCCACCAAGAGUGUCAAGUCCUGACAGUAGCCCUGCACUUCCACCCCACCCGUGGAGCCGUAACACUGAGCAUGCCCCACGACCCCCGACACCCCGACACCCCUCACCUACCCUGGACGCCAUUUCACAAAACACUGUUGCUGGGACAGCAGGAUCCACGUGAGAGAGAAAGAAUGAGGAGGAGGAGGAGAAAUGAUGACUUCCAUAAGGGUUGAGAUGGACUCGUUUAGAAGCUGACUGGAGUCAAAGCCAUAGUUCUUCUACGCCACUUCUCAUUUCUUUGCGGUUGGACACAUUUUGCAAAGGUCCCACCACUUGAGUGUUGAGUGACGGCGAGGUGAGGGAUUUCAAACAGUGAAUGAUAGACCUGCGCAAACAGUCUUCAUUCCCUCUAAAGCUGAGCGUGUCCUCAUCAUCCAUGCGCAUUUCUAAGACAAAGACUCUCACUCUGCUAACGCAGCACAUUGGCUGCUCUAUGCCACAGCGUCUACUGAGGAAAACAACACAUCAUACAUGCAUUGCAGAAGUAUAGGUAUAUAUUUAUUCUACAGCAUCAGUAAUAAUGACAGAAGCAUAGCUCAGCACAUCAUAUGGAGACCUCCUCUUUCCUGUGUCAGGGGAGUUUAUAUUGAUGGUGUGCCAGUCAAAUUGCACUGCCAUUUGACAGAGCAAAUCGAUUGGAAAAGGGUGGAGAUGCAGAGUAAUUACUUUUGCCCUGUUUUAUUGAACAUGUGACUCAGCAACAAUGCCAAAAUACAUUCGUGUUUUGGUUUAAAGAACAAGCUUGUCCAUCGGUUUCCUCUCAGUCAGCCACUGUAGUUGAGCUUUGCAAACCCUGGGCAGGAAGUGUAUCUCACCCAAGGGCACCGAUUUAGUUUUCUACAGCUUUAGUUUGCCCGAGCAUCCUGCAAACAACUACAGCCUUAAAGUUGAGUCGCCCAUUGUAAAGCAUUAACCAUCAUUUGGAAUGGCUGCCGUUUCUUCCAAAUCAACCCCCAAUUCGUUCGAUAUCUGAACAACUACUCUCUGUCUACAUCUUCAGUUCAGUUUAAGACCUUGACCUCUGUGACGAGUGAGAGAAGUGAACACACAAGGGUUUGUAAGUCAAAUCUAUGCCGUUCCUCUAUGUCAGUAAAUUCAGUGGCCUGGUUUGUAAAUCUCUCAACCUCCAUUUUGUUUGGAGCAGGUGGGUUUCUGGGGAAUAAUGUCAUGCAGACAAACCAGCUCCUCCAGGGAACAGCUCGACCAUCUGGGCCUCAGUGCCAUCUCGACAGUAUAUAAACCAUGUGUAGCGGCAAGCAUGCAGAGUCCCACCAAGGAGUGCAUCCAGUAAUACCCUCUGCAUGAGUGUGUGCCAUUGCUCUCCUCUAGUGAAGCCAUGUAGAUGUAGUUAAAAAAAAAUCUGUGGCGAAAUGGCUGUUAUAACAUGUGAUACUUUCACUGUUAAAUCGCAUUCUUUUCAACAGGAGUCCCGAGUAUAUGCAUUCCUUUUCAUUAUUUCCAUUUGUUAUUGUUUUUUUUCUCAACAUUCUACGUCGGUCUGGUGUGAUUGGUCAGCUGUUUGGGUCCAGUUACUGAUUGGGGAUGUGGAUAAACACAGCCAACAGCUGCUAAGGCUAAGAGAUGUUUUGUCCACUAGAAACUGUUUCAUGUGCCUUGCAGUGCAUUUGUGAACAUCAUUGCCAUUACUACAGACACUGUAAAAGGGCAAAUGACAGAAACAGAAGUACUUCCUUAAACUUCUCAAGCUUCAUGAAGUACAAGGCCAGCUGACCAGGUUUACUACACAUUAGUGUGACUACUGUGACUACAACUACCAAGUUGGUCGUCCAGCUGAUGCAAGAGAGGUUAUGGAGCUGUAAUGGAAAAGGUGAUGAGUGAAAUAUUACAUUACUUAUAGAAGUCAGAGCUCAAAUGCCCUAGCUUCAGUCAGUGUUGUUCAAACAGACUCAAAUUGCAAUCAAUUUAUGAAUUGUAGCAAUGUUACAAAUCUUGAAAACCACAGGGACAUACAAUCCAAUAUGUCAUAUGGUAAUAACAGUGAUCUCCUUAACUCAACUAAUUCAGAGUAACUAGCAAAGGUCACUCAAUUAGUUUCAUUUCAAUCAGGUCCAGUAGGUUGGAGUGGACUCAGGCCUCCUUAUGGCCAAUUAUUAUCCAAUCAGGAUGAUAGGUGAGUCAGUAGAGGAAUCAAUUAUUUUGAAGUUUAGCAACAUAUUGUAAGACAGUCGAUGAAUAUGUGAGCCAUGGAGAACCGCUGCUGAGCCAAGUAGAAACAUCUAUUAUCUCCAGGAUUGAUCACUGGGAUAUUUUUCAGAGAGUACAGCGUCAUUAUUGGUUCUAUGGCUGAUCUAUAGUCUCCAGAAAUACAGAAUCUGUAGUAGAAUUGCACUGAUAGACCUUUACAGAUAGACUGUAAUUAAUGAAAAACAGUGAGCGUGACUUAAGUAUUUUACUUAAUAUCCACUCUGAAAAUACCGUGGUAUGUAAUUUGUUGUUUCAAGAGAGUUCUUGUAAGUGAAUGAAUUGUGUUUGUGUUGUGUUAGGAUAUAUUGUAUGAUAUAGUGUGUUGAGACUGGCUGUCUAGGCAAGAUUUUAAGAAAAAAAUCUGUUCUGGUCGCAAGCCUUUCAAUGAGUUGACUUUUAAGCAGUGUACAUUUUUACCUGUUCUAUUGCUACUACUGUAAAGCAUUUCUAUCCAACUGUGGAUUGCUUGUGAAUUAAUUUAUUAAUUUAUUAUGUGUUUUGCAGUUUUAAAAAGUUUUGAAAAAACAAACAAAAUGUGGCUCUACUAACAUCAAUUUAUGCUAUGUGUCUUCUUUUUUUCUUGUUGUUGUUGUUGUUGUUGUUGUUGUUGUGAAGCAAUAUGCCAAACAAUGCCAGUAUAAUGGUAUAAUGUGGUACCUUUGGGAUACACAUUUUGUUAUUCUAGUAUAAUAGAUUCAAAAUGUGGACAAAAAUAAAAACAGCCAUGUAAGACUGUGUGGACUCUCAAUUAUUUAUGACUGACAUGAUUUUGGAAGAUUUGACCAACAAAAAAAAUCUAUUUUGAAUAAAUAGUUUUAAAAA